GAGUCAAGAUGGCGGCGGCCAUGGCCGUGGGAGCGCUGAGGGCGCUGCCCCACAUCCGCAUCCCGGCCCUCCCUGCCUCCUGCAGCCUCCACACCACCCCCCCCCGCCUCAAGACGCGGGCCGCCCGGGUGCGCGUGGGGAAGGGGGACAAAGCCGUCACCUACGAGAAGGCGCAUCCGCCCCAUUACAUCGCCCACCGCAAGGGCUGGCUGUCCCUGCACACCGGCAACCUGGACGGGGAGCGGUGCGCGGCGCAGCGGGCGGUGGAGGACUCCUUCGUGCGGCGGUUCCUCCACGGGACCUUUCCGGGCUGUUUGGCCGACGAGGCGGUGUUGAAGCGCCGUUCCAACUCUCUGCUCGUCUGCCUUCUGCUGCUGCGCCGACUGCCGCCCUCAAAGCUCUGCUUCCUGCUGGGCUACGCAGAAACCCUCCUGAGCCACCUCUACAAAUGCCCCGUGCGCAUCGAGGCGCAGACAGUGCCCGACGCCGCCGUCUAUAAGUACCUGUAGGGCAAUAAAGGGCAGCCGUGCGCCGCCA